AUGAAAAAUGUCGAUCACAUGGAUUAUGAUGAUAUGGGUGGGCCGAAUAUGGAGGAUGGCGAUCACAUGGAAUAUGAUCACACGAAAGAUGAUGACUUAAAAGACAAUGACUACACAUCGAUAAGUGAACCAAGUGAUGAAGACCAAUCAAUAUCGAAAGGGAGCGCGGGGAGUGAUGAAGAGGUUGAAGACAAAUUCGCCACAAAGGACCAGCACAUACAUCAUUCACAUGAUACGUGCCUCGGUGAGAGAUCACGGUUUGUGCAGAUUGUGACAUGGGUGUCCGAGCACAAUUGCAUGAAUGCCAUCGCGGAAAAUAAUAAUCAGAAUGUGAGCACAACGCUUAUUGCUUAUCACAUAAGGAAUAAGUUUGAGUUGGACCCUGAUUAUGAAGUGAAGCUCAUUCAGGAAGAAGUUAAAGACCAAAUACAUGUUGAUGUUCCUUACCACAGGGCAUGGGAGGGAAGGAAAAAAGCUAUCGAUCUUGUUUACGGUGAUUGGAUUUCCAAUUUUGAUAUACUUCCAAGGCAAGAGCUACGUGACUUUGAUAAUGACGCAUAUUUGUAUCUCGAGGAGAUUGAUGCUUGCCAGUGGACUCUUGCAAAAGACAAAUACUAUCGCUGGGGUAACCAGACAACCCACAUUUCUGAGACUUACAACAACGUCCUCAAGGGUGUUCCUUUCUUGCCGAUCCGAGCUUUGGUGGAAGCCACUUUUUUGAAGAUUGUGGAUUUGUUCCAGGAAGAAUACGUGAAGUCGAGGAAAUGCAUUACGCCGAUCCCAAUCGACUUGUGGGAAAACUUCAAGAAAAAAGAAAAGAAAGUCGUGCAACACAAAGUCAAUCGUUACGGUGCUGUUAAUGGCAAGUUCAAGGUGAAAAGGAAAAGGCCGCUUUGUGGUGAAGGUGACAACGCGUACACUGUGAAAUAUGAAGAGAAGAAGUGUUCUUGCAAGAAGUGGCAUGAGUACAGGAUCCACAUUUCAGGGUUGUGGCUUGGCAAGACCAAUUCAGGGAGCACGACGAGUUUACCCUGGUCCAUGAUAAGAAAAGAUGGCCUAAGGGCUUCCGCGGCCGAUAAGCAUGAAAUUACCGGAUGUUAUAUUUUGUUGCAGUUAUGGGCUUGGGAGCGCAUUCCAAGAAUUCAACCAAAGAGGAAAGUUAAAAAUGAAAGUUAUUUGAUUCUGGGCGCUCUAUUGGCCAAUAGGUGGAAAUGCCCAAAAUCCAAAGUAAACAUCACCGCUCAUAUUGUUUCUGGCAUCAGGGAUCAAUUAUCUAGUCUCAGGGAUGGUGAUUUUUUAUGGAGUCCAUACACUCCCUUCAUCAACGCUCUCCCCAAUUUGUGCGUAAAAACACUCCGAGAGAAAUUUUAUGUUGAAGGUCUCAGCGACAUAUAUCAUAUCGCUGAAUCCACCUCAGGGGAAAAUCCAGCCCUCAGUGGUAAUCUCGAAAAGAAUCUUAUUGACAUUGUCGAUAAGAGUUUCAGUGCACUGAUUUUAGCCCCAAAUAAUAUGAACACUCAAUAUGAUAGUGAGGUUCUUCAGAAAAGGAGCUUGGAGUCAAGUCAAUUUAUUAAGCUCGCGUAG